CGGCCUACACCAAAUCAAGAAUCAAUACUCAAGAAAAAAGAUCAAACAAAACUACACAAGGCUUUCUUUUCUUGCAAGUGAAAAAUGGCUAAAGUCCCAUGCAAGCAUCUUGUUCUUGUAGCCCUUUUCCUGCUUUGCUUUGUUUCUAUUGGUGCAAGAGCAAGGAGUUUAAGAGUGGCUAGUAACAACAAUCAAGUAGAGAUGAAACAUCAAGAUCUUUCUACACCCAAAGAAAAUGAGGUGCAGGAGGCGCCCGUGCCGGUGCCGGAGGCCGAAGAAUUAGUGGGAAUGGAUUACACUGCUCCAAGAAAGAAGCCUCCAAUUCAUAACUAAAAUGGCAAUUUUUUGUUAGAAAGCUAAAAACUUAGUCUCUUCUUAAUUAUUCCUACUUCCAUAUAAAGUUUCUGUUCUAUUACCCAUAGUUAGGUACACAUACGUAGGAGGAGGAACAAGCUAAAGAUAUCUAUAUAAUAUAUGAUCAUAUAUAUAUAAAUGUAACAUGGGAAGUAUGGAUAUUGCUGUAGGAUCUAGCUUAUGGAGUCUUUAUGUAAAUUAGGUCAUGUCGAGGCUUUAAAAAAAGAAUUGACUGCGACACAUGCUAGCUAUAUAUCCAGAUGUAUCGGCUUGUAAUACCUUAAAUUAUUUACAAAUACAAAUUUACACCUUUCUUUUUGGCAUUAA